AUGGCACUCUGUCAUUGGACAGUGCAGGUGUCACUCAAGGACAAUGAGUCUAGAAAGGCACCCGGCAGCCGGCAAACCCCCCACACGCCACCGGGCUCCUGUGCGUGUCAUCAGACGAGAUCCGUUGAUCAGAACCGGAAGCUAGCUCGGAAAAUCCUGCAAGAAAAAGUGGACGUUUUCUACAAUGGUGAAAACAGUCUUGUUUACAAGGAGAAGCGCGAGGCAGAGAAGAAAAAGCAAGAAAGGAAAAAAAGAGCAAAGGAAACCCUAGAGAAGAAGAAGCUCCUUAGAGAACUACGGGACGUGAGUGAAAACGCCUGCUGA